AUGUGCACAAAUCUCAUUAAGAAGUACAUCGUCGUCACUGAAGAGAAGACUUGGAGUGAGGCUCAGCGCUACUGUCAGAAUAACCAUACGGACCUGGCCAGUGUGAGGGAUGUAACAGAGAAUAACACCAUACAUCAGGCCAUACUGCAGGCCAUGAAGGGAGAGGUGGUGUGGAUCGGCCUGUAUAGAGACUGGAGGUGGUCUGACCAGAGUGGCUCAACCUUCAGAAACUGGAUGGCACGCGAGCCAAACGGGGCAGAUGAGAGAGGAGAGCACUGUGUGGAAGUUAAGUUCCCAUCUGGAGAGUGGAAUGAUAACCUCUGUGUCACCGAAAAUCAUUUUAUCUGCUAUGAUGAUAAACUGGUUCUGGUCUCAGAGAACAAGACGUGGUCAGAAGCCCUGAGGUACUGCAGAGACCGGCACAUGGAGCUGGUGUCUGUCCACAACCACAGCAUCCAGCAUUGGGUCCGACAGAAAGCCAAGAUGGCCUCCAGUCCCUUCGUCUGGCUGGGCCUGAGGUACACCUGCACUCUGGACUUCUGGUUCUGGGUCAAUGGAGAAGAGUCCUGCUACCACAACUGGGCCCACGGGGAGGGCUACAACACCAGCAAGGAGCAGUCUGGGAACACGGGGGCCAUAGAGAGAGUUGGGGGGAAGUGGGUCGGCCUGCCUGAGACUGACAAAUUCAACUUCAUCUGCAGCAAGAGUGAUGGACCUGAAACCUGCAGCCCAACACAUUGUUCCAGACCCUGAUAUCUGGACCAGCUGAACCCUACAGCCCAACACAUUGUUCCAGACCCUGAUAUCUGGACCAGCUGAACCCUACAGCCCAACACAUUGUUCCAGACCCUGAUAUCUGGACCAGCUGAACCCUACAGCCCAACACAUUGUUCCUGAUCUCUGGACCAGCUGAACCCUACAGCCCAACACAUUGUUCCAGACCCUGAUAUCUGGACCAGCUGAAUCCUACAGCCCAACACAUUGUUCCAGACCCUGAUAUCUGGACCAGCUGAACCCUACAGCCCAACACAUUGUUCCAGACCCUGAUAUCUGGACCAGCUGAACCCUACAGCCCAACACAUUGUUCCAGACCCUGAUAUCUGGACCAGCUGAAUCCUACAUCCUAGCUGCAAGAUGGACAAAAAUCAUGGACUAGAUAAUUAUCCUAGCUGCAACAUGGACUAAAAUCAUGGACUAAAUAAUUAUCCUAGCUGCAAGAUGGACAAAAAUCAUGGACUAAAUAAUUAUCCUAGCUGCAACAUGGACUAAAAUCAUGGACUAAAUAAUUAUCCUAGCUGCAACAUGGACUAAAAUCAUGGACUAAAUAACAUUCAGGAAAUUAAGGGUACAUAGAGACAUAAGGGAAUAUAAAGAAGAGGACUGGCCACCCCUCAUAGCCUGGUUCUUCUCUAGGUUUCUUCCUAGGUUAUACCCGUUCUAGGGAGUUUUUCCUAGCCACCGUGCUUCUACACCUGCAUUGCUUGCUGUUUGGGGUUUUAGGCUGGGUUUCAGUACAGCACUUUGUGACAUCAGCUGAUGUACGAAGGGCUAUAUAAAUAAAUUUGAUUUGAUUUGAUAAAGCAUUUAGGGAACUUAAAUCAUGAAGGAAACAUACAUCCUUAAGAGAACAUACAUCACUAAGGGAACAUACAUCACUAAGGGAACAUACAUCACUAAGGGAACAUACAUCACUAAGGGAACAUACAUCACUAAGGGAACAUACAUCACUAAGG